AUGGUUACCGCGAGAAUAUAUGAGCAAAGCGCCGGUGCAAUCGUCGAUCAAGUCCGCAGCAUCAGUGCUAUUACUCGUUCACGUUGGCGAUUCGUGUGGCAAAACCAGAUCUUGGAGAGAAGAGCAAUGCAACACUACAAUGAUUGGCCAAAUGCUGGAGCAUUCAACGCUUUGAAACCGCAAACGCAAAAGACUAAGCUCGAGGUCUCUGGCUACUUCCCGAACUAUGUUGCAGGCACGCUGCACAGGGCAGGUCCUGGCGGCUACAGGAUCCCACGAGCCGAGUGCCUCGAUGGUGACUUUGCAUGUGACCAUUGGUUCGAUGGCUUCUCAUACGUCUAUCGCUUUGAGCUUGUCCCAGGCAAAGAUGUGUGCUCAGAAGUUCACUACUCGUCAAGAUGUCUAGUGGAUGGAGUGGUCGAUACGGCCGCAAGGACCGGGCGUCUCGAAGGCCUCACGUUCGGCCAAAAGCGAGACUUGCACGACACAUUCGACAAAAAGAUGCAGCCACCGCCUGAGAUGACAUCCGCUUCGGACGCGAAGAACGUCAAUCUUGGAGUUACGAUACGAGAGCCAAUGCUCUGCGAGAUGCCUGACAUCAAAGGCCAAAGGAAAGUUCUCGUCUUGACUACAGACGCCCGAAUCAGGAAGGCAAGUACUACUGUAUCCGAUGAGCUCACAUUCGAUGCAGACACACUGGAGCCUCUUGGUGUCACUCGGCAAGUCAAAAUGCAUCCCGACCUCAAAGGUCAGCUGUCAGGCGCACACGCAUGCCACGACCACAAAACUGGUGAGUGGUUCAACUACAAUCUCGAGCUGGGUCCAAAAACAAUCUAUCGCGUCUUUCGCGCGAAUCCGAACACUAGUAAAGUGGACAUCCUGGCCGAAAUCUCUGACCGAGAGCUACGGCCUGCUUACAUCCAUUCAAUGUUGUUGACCGAGAAUUUUGUAAUCUUGUGCGUAUUCUCAUCUAUCCUCAAAAACGGCGGCAUGGACAUGCUCUGGACGCGGAACAUCAUGGACUCUCUGGCCCCAAUCGACUCAAGCAGCAAAGUCACCUGGCUUGUCGUGGAUCGACACGGCGGAGGGCUCGUCAAGAAAUUCACGAGCCCGGCUUUCUUCUCCUUCAACACCACCAACGCGUGGGAAGAGGCUAAUAAAGACGGAACCGUCGACAUCGUGUGCGAGCUCUUCGAGUUCAAAACCCAUGACAUCCUUCAUCGAUUCUACUACAAGAACCUCGUCUCGAAUGAAUCCAACACAGCCGCCUUCAACAAGGCCUUCAACAAGAACUCUCGCAUUAGCAAGACUUCACAAUUGGCUCGGUACAAGCUUCCUGACGUCCACUUGCCGGGUAGCCAGUCCGUUAACAUGUCGUUCCAGGCAGCACCUUCUGGAGAAGCGACGCGAGUACUCUCGAUGCCUGGCAGCGAAACUGGAGACCUUCAAAUGUGCAACCCCAACUUCCUCCUCCGAAAACACCGCUACGUCUGGGCCGCGCAGGACUCCGGAAAGUCUUCGUUCAUGGAUGCCCUCGUCAAAACCGACACCCAAACGCAGGCUUCUGUUACGUGGUCCGUCGACAAACAUACCCCGACCAAACCUUUCUUUGUACCAGCGCCGCAUGCUCAGGCUGAGGAUGAGGGCGCUGUCUUGUCCAUCGUCUACAACGGUGUGACGGAUACGAGCUAUUUGCUUUGUCUUGAUGCUGCUACGAUGCAAGAGCUGGGCCGUGCGGAGGUCGGCGCUCCGGUGGGCAUAGGCUUUGAUGGGAAACAUACGCCUGCUGCACGUUAA